AUGUCGUGUGUCCAAAAAGCCGCUGUACUCGUUAACCUCACACUGAUUGAAUGUGCCAGCAGACAAACCAAAACCAAGCUCUGCCCUCUGGGCGGAGCGUUCAGUGGUCCGGUGGGAGGAGCGUUCAGUGGUCCGGUGGGCGGAGCGUUCAGUGGUCCGGUGGGCGGAGCAUUCAGUGAUCCGGUGGGCGGAGCGUUCAGUGAUCCGGUGGGCGGAGCGUUCAGUGGUCCGGUGGGCGGAGCGUUCAGUGAUCCGGUGGGCGGAGCGUUCAGUGGUCCGGUGGGCGGAGCGUUCAGUGGUCCGGUGGGCGGAGCGUUCAGUGAUCCGGUGGGCGGAGCGUUCAGUGAUCCGGUGGGAGGAGCGUUCAGUGGUCCGGUGGGCGGAGCGUUCAGUGGUCCGGUGGGCAGAGCGUUCAGUGAUCCGGUGGGCGGAGCGUACAGUGGUCCGGUGGGCGGAGCGUACAGUGGUCCGGGGGGCGGAGCAUUCAGUGGUCCAGUGGGCAGAGCGUUCAGUGGUCCGGUGGGCGGAGCGUUCAGUGAUCCGGUGGGCGGAGCGUUCAGUGGUCCAGUGGGCCGAGCAUUCAGUGAUCCGGUGGGCGGAGCGUUCAGUGAUCCGGUGGGCGGAGCGUUCAGUGAUCCAGUGGGCGGAGCGUUCAGUGAUCCAGUGGGCGGAGCGUUCAGUGAUCCGGUCGGCAGAGCGUUCAGUGAUCCAGUGGGCAGAGCGUUCAGUGAUCCGGUGGGCGGAGCGUUCAGUGAUCCGGUGGGCGGAGCGUUCAGUGAUCCAGUGGGCGGAGCGUUCAGUGGUCCGGUGGGCGGAGCGUUCAGUGAUCCAGUGGGCAGAUCAUUCAUUGAUCCAGUGGGCGGAGCGUUCAGUGGUCCGGUGGGCGGAGCGUUCAGUGAUCCAGUGGGCAGAUCAUUCAUUGAUCCAGUGGGCAGAGCGUUCAUUGAUCCAGUGGGCGGAGCGUUCAGUGAUCCGGUGGGCGGAGCGUUCAGUGAUCCGGUGGGCGGAGCGUUCAGUGGUCCGGUGGGCGGAGCGUUCAGUGAUCCGGUGGGCGGAGCGUUCAGUGAUGCUGUCAACGAAAAGCCCGGGGACUCGCUCCUGAGAGCCACGGAGGAACACAGUAAGGCCAUGGCCACGAUAAGAAAUCUCAGCGUUGCUUUUUUCCAGCUGGAACCCUAA